AUGGAGCCGGAGGAAGUGUGUGAGGUCAUUAAUGAGUACUUUGCAUGUGUAUUCACCAAGGAGAAGGACGAAAAUGAUAGCAAGAUUAGGGAGGAAUAUGUUGAUAUUUUAGAGCAUGUCAAUAAUAAGAAGAAGGAGGAGAUGUUGGCUGUCUUGCAAAACAUUAAGGGAGAAGUUGCUGUCUCUAUUCCACGCAUUGAGGUCUUUCCUGAGGUUCCUCAGAUGGGGAACAAUGUCACUCUGCAAUGCUCCGUUCUAGAGGGGAACUUGGUCCAUUACAGCUGGUACAGAUGUGAACAAUCUCUGUAUGAUGGUAAAAAUUAUCGUCUGUCCCACGACAAUCGCUCCUUGACUCUACUGAACAUACAGGAAAGUGAAGUUGGCACUUACAGAUGCCAGGCAAGGAACCACAUCAGUGUCAAACACAGAGACUUUGUGCUUCAGAUAUGUACAGCAUCAACACCAGUCAUUGCACGCUAUGUGUACAUUGGUUAUGGAGGCUACCCUGGAUACAUUGGUUACAUCCUCAUCCUUGUGCUAUGUUACCAGUGGAUAAAAGAAUUGCAGAAAAGGUCCAAGGACAAUGAUGUAAUUUAUGAAAACAGUAAACCAGUAAAGCAGAAGCUUUCAGUCACGGGGUCAGCAGAAACCAAGGUGUACAACAUGCAAAUGAGCAACAGACGGGGCAGAUAAAGCCUGGUGAAUCUGUACGGUGCCACAGCAGCAGUCUGUCUGAACAAUACAACAGCAGAAUACUGCAGCUUCUGGAGAUCUGAAAUGAAAACAGAAAGUGCAGCAGAAAUUCAAAGCAAAAACAUUAUAAAACCGUAAGAUAUCAGAGCUGAAGUAGGUCAUUCAGCCAUUCAAUGAUAUCAUGGUUGAUCUCAAUCCACUUUCCUGCCUUUUGCCCAAUACAUUUUAUU